AUGGCGGACGAUAGAAGUUUGGUAGUCAAGGCAGUUCCUGCGGUAUUUUGUUCUAUUGCAUUUUUGACGGUCGUUCUACGUUGCUAUGUUCGCCUUUCCGUUGUCAAGGCAUUUGGGUUGGAUGAUGGAGCGAUGGUGAUAUCAAUGAUGUGCUACAUCAUGUUCUGUGGUUGUAUGAUUGGAGGUGCGCUGUACGGUACUGGGAGAAGGUUCGUUGAUUUGACUGCUGAUCAGCGAAUGACUGCGAUGGAGUACUGGUGGCUCUGCGAAAUAGCCUACUGUUUCUCAUCAGUCUUCUGCAAAAUCUCCAUUUGCUUCUUUCUGUUGCGCAUCACCAUUCGCAAAUCUCACAUCUAUUUACUGUACUGUGUCAUGAUCUUGACAGUCAUUGGAGGCUUUAUUUUCAUGUUUAUGAUGCUCCUCCAAUGCAAGCCCGUCUCAUUCUUCUGGGCCCGAACGACUUUGGAUCCAGUCUAUCAAGGCCAUUGCAUCAGUAUCGACAUUAUCAUCACCAUGACCUAUGUUUAUAGCGCUUUGGCCGCAUUUUGCGAUUUUACCGUUGGCAUUCUACCAAUCUUUCUAGUGGGAAAGUUGAAUAUGCGUCAUGAAGCAAAGCUUGCUGUCAUUGGCAUUCUUAGUAUGGCUUGCGUUGCUAGUUUGGCUGUUAUUAUUCGCAUACCGUUUGUUAAAACGUUCAGGGACCCGGACUUCCUUUAUGCCACCGUCGACAUCGCCAUCUGGUCAUGCAUCGAAAACGGCCUUGGCAUCUCGGCCGCCAGUCUGGCGACUCUCCGUCCUCUCCUUCGCAAGUUUCGCGGUUCGUACAACAGCAGGCCCGAGUCAUCGUCUCGUAUGAUUUCCGGUCCCAACUCCAAACCUCGUCGGCUUUGGAACAACUCUUUGCCCUUGGGGUCGAUCGAUCGUUUACCAGAGCGGAACGACUUACGGCCCGAUAAAACUGCUGUUAUCCUGACGACGAUUCGUAGUGAUCCUCGGGAAAAUAACAAUUUGAAUCAAAGUCGAUCAUCCGGCGAAAGAGAAUUCCCGGUUCUAGAUAUCCACCAAACCUUUGAGGCUAUGACAACAUCUACUUCUGCACUAGAUGAUGAGAGAGUACCGCGUGAACAUGUUUGA